AUGUCUAUGAUCAACAGAAUUGCUACGAAAGCUGCUGCUCGUCCAGCUCUUAGUAUGGCUAUUCGUCCAGCUCCGUAUGUUUAA